AUGAGCAGUUCAAGAAGUGAUCCCUUGUUUGCUCAUGCAAUGGCGUUUGUAACAAAAGCAAAAUCUAGGGUUACCACAGAAAAGUAUAAUCAGUUUUUACGACUCCUAUAUAAUUACCACCAUGCAAGAAGAAUUGAUAUAGGAGUUUUCAAACAAGGAGUUUUUGAGUUGUUUAAGGAGCAUAAAGAUUUAAUUUCAAGAUUCAACAUGUUUUUGCCUCAUGGACACAAAUUUGAACAACUAGGUGAUGGCGAUGCAUUAGCAGUCAAAGAAGAUCAGAAAGAUGAUGAAGGAAAACAAGUUUGA